AUGUUCCGGACAGCUGUGCGAGGCUUCGCGACCUCUGCACGUCGCGGCGCUGAGAUCAUUGGCUCAGCAGAAGCCCAGCAGACUGCCCUUAAUAUCUCAAAGGCUCAGGGCAUUGGUCAGCGGGGUUUCCUUGAUGCUAUUGGCAAGACCCCUCUUAUCCGUCUAAAGAGGCUCUCUGAAGAAACUGGCUGCAACAUUCUCGGAAAAGCAGAGUUCCAAAACCCAGGCGGCUCAGUCAAGGACCGCGCUGCCCUCUUCGUCGUCGAGAAUGCCGAACGCCAAGGUCUCUUGAAGCCCGGUGGUACCGUUAUCGAAGGUACAGCUGGAAACACUGGUAUCGGUCUUGCGCACGUCUGCCGCUCAAAGGGUUAUAAACUCGUCAUCUACAUGCCCAACACCCAGUCGCAGGGCAAGAUUGAUCUGCUAAGACUGCUGGGCGCUGAAGUGUACCCUGUACCCGCUGUCGCAUUCGAAAACCCCGAAAACUACAACCACCAAGCAAAGCGACACGCGGAAAGGCUGGACAACGCAGUAUGGACAAACCAGUUCGACAACGUGGCGAACCGACAGGCGCAUAUCGAGACCACAGGACCGGAGAUUUGGGCCCAGACGGGAGGAAAACUUGACGCUUUUACUUGCGCCACAGGCACGGGAGGCAGUCUGGCUGGUGUGACAAGGUAUCUCAAAGAGAAGAGUGACGGAAAGGUCAAGAGCUUUUUGGCAGAUCCACCAGGCUCCGUGCUGCACUCCUACAUUCAGAGUGGUGGCAAGCUCACAGAGCGAUCUGGUGGUUCCAUAACAGAGGGUAUCGGCCAAGGCCGUGUAACAGACAACCUGAAGCCAGACAUUGAUCUCCUUGACGGCUCUGUACACAUUAGCGAUGAGAAGACCAUUGAAAUGGUGUACAGAUGUCUAGAUGAGGAGGGUCUCUAUUUGGGCGCUAGCUCAUGUCUAAACGUUGUUGCAGCCAAGGAAGUAGCUGAGAAGCUGGGUAAGGGAUCAACAGUCGUCACACUGCUGUGUGAUGGCGCAUACCGAUAUGCCGACCGUCUGUUCUCCAAGAAGUGGCUGGAACAGAAAAAGUUAUACGAUGCUAUACCCGAACACUUGCGCAAGUACAUUGUACUGGAGUAG